CCACCCCAGAGCAGCUGAGCUUCAUAGAAGGAGUUAUUCGGCGAGAUUUCAAAACGUUUGUGUUGGACAGAGCGGUCUGGUCCGCUUUGGGAGAUCAGAAGGCAAUACGCGCGAUGGAGAAUGUUGCACUGGUCUAUGCCCAUGGCACGAGACAGGAACUAAUGGAUGCUGCCUAUGUGUUCUAUGGUCUAGCCCAGUUACAACUACAUAGCCCCUCCGGCUGGACGGAUGUUAGUUGGGCCUUGUGCUUCAUGUUCUGUGGUGCGUUGUACGCACACGCAGUACUACGAGUGUGUGACAUCCAGGCAUCCAGCACUUCCAGUACAACAGCAGGAACCCAAGCAGAGGGAAGUAUAAACCGGGUCGCAAACCGGGAUACACACAUACGCAGUGAGUCAUAUACCCGUAACAACCAGAGUGCAGGCACAGGCGGCGUGAGGGAUGUUCCAGACACAGUCACGAGCAGUGUAGGAGAUAAUUUAGACCUAGAUACGAGAUGUGAAGGGCAAGUGCCAAGUAGUGCAGCGAGGGACAGCUCAGGGAACAAUAACGAACGAAUACAACUGGCACAGGAGGCUUUGGAGAUGCUUGAUGCAAUGAUUGUGGUCAGUGGACGGCUGGAGGAUGGCGCUAGUAGGUGGGAGCUUGCUUACUUACCUGAG